AUGGUCGAUAGUGCUUCCCAGUCUAUGAAUCAGAUAAGGCAGGCGGAUCAUCCAGAAGCGGAGAUAGGAGAUGGCAAUAGAGAUAUCAAAGCUUCAAGCGAGACUGGUCGUGGAUCAAGUCUCAAAAUGAGUCAAAGGAAAAAAUGGAGUUUGUUAGCGGUAUUCAGUCUAUCGUUGAUAAUCGAUCAAUGGUGCUUAGCGGCUUUUUACAUCUUUGCCAAAUUCAUCUCCGAAGAUUUAUCCAUAUCCAUCACACAGCAAAGUUGGAUCAUCACCUCUUACACCGUCACCUUCGCUUCCACCCUCUUAUUCUGGGGUAGGAUAUCCGACCUCUACUCCGCCUCUAGAGUUUUCAAUUCGGGUUUGCUCGCGUUGGCUCUGUUGAGCUUGAUCAUAUCGUUCUUACCGGAGAAAUACAGCUUCUUUGUAUUCCGGGGGUUAUCAGGUAUCGCAGGUGCCACCUCCGUCCCUUCCGCCUUUAGGUUAAUCGUAUCAAUAUUCGAACCGCACGAGCUCCAUAAGGCCUUCGCAUGCUAUGGUACAUCAGGUGCUUUGGCCAACACAACUGGAAAUCUACUAGCUGGGGUAUUCCAACUGAUACCCUCCCGAGGUCAAAUGAUCGCAUGGCGAUGGUUCUUCAGAUUAAUCGCCGCUAUACUCUUUCCGGUAGGUUUGGGAUCAUGGUUCUGGAUACCUUCCGUACAAGGUAAAGAGGCGGAUGUGAAAGAUAAGAAAAGUAGAUUGGAUCUCAUAGGAUGUGCUAUCAUGCUAGUAGCUAUCCUCCUUCUGAUCCUCAGCCUGACUCUGGGAGCAUCGUCAGGCUUCAACAAACCAUCUUUCAUCGUUCCUUUCAUUAUCUCCCUGAUACUCUUCCCUUUACUGUGGAUAUACGAAAGUCGUCUUCCGGAGGAAAAAGCAAUCUUACCAAUAUCAAUAUGGAAACAUCAAAAUUUCACUUUAUACCUCCUCUUGGGUUUAUUGGGAUAUCAUUGGUGGUCUACAAACUUCCUUCCAUUUUUAGAAAGGUGGAUGUCCCCUCCUCGAAGUGAGAAACCAAUCAUUGCAGCUUUGAGAGUACUGCCCGAAGGGUUUUUCCCAGCUCUUAUAUCGCUAAUUACGACUUUUUGGUCCAAGCCUUUCAAUUACCCUAGAACUGUCGUUGGGACAGGCUGCACAUUGGGUGUAGUAGGUUAUAUAUUGUUUGUUUUUUCGGAUAAUCAGGUGGGUAGAAACUAUUGGAAGUUUCUGUUUCCUGCUUUUAUUUUUGGUCCGACUGGUAUGAUGUUGGUCUUUAACCUCAACAAUGCGGGAGCGAUGAUGUCUGUUCCACCCUCUAUAGGCGGUGUAGCAGGUGCCUUGCUUCAGGUUUCUUAUCAGACAGGAACGGCUAUCGCAUUCUCGGUACAAGCUGGCUUAUUCACGAUUCACGAAGGUAAUCUGCAAAAUUUCGAUAAUGUAAAGGCGAGUUUUUACUUUGAGAUGGGCUGGGUGGCAUUAUGGGGUAUAGGUUUUGUCUGUUUGUAUAAACCAGUCAAGAAAGGUGGGGAAGAUGAGGAGCCGAAAGCGGUUGUGGUGCAUUAA